GGUAGUUGCAGCUCCGCAGAUGUAAUUUCGUCAAACCUGAAGGGCACAAUUGACUUUUCAUCUCAUCCUCAUUGUUCUCGUCUGCUUCCUCGCUCGUCUUCCUCGAUUCACUUGUCCAAUCUCCGCCAUUGUUCCGUGGAAGCCAAUUUUCAGUGAUCGGAUUUGGAGAUACUAUGGCGAAUCAAGGUGCCAAGAAGCGUAAGGAGGAGAACUCUCGCCACAUGGCCAAUCUUCGCCGCCUCAUCAUCGCUUGCAACGCUGUUUAUUUCUUAUUCAGAAUGCUGAUUUUUCAUUCAAGUUUCACCUGGAAGCAUUGGAUUGGAUUGGCUGUGACAUCUGCAGCAUAUUUUCUCCCUUAUAAACAACUUGCCCAAAUGGCGAAUCCUUCUUAUACUGAUGAUGGGGAGCUUUUGGAUGGUGGGUUUGAUAUGAGUACCAGUGGAGUUUGUGGUUAUUUACAUGAUAUAAUCUACAUCACAAGCUUUGUACAAGUAGCAUCCAUCAUCUCCGGAAAAUUUUGGUAUAUAUAUUUGGUGAUACCUGCUUUUGGAGCAUACCAAUGUUCUGGUUUGAUUAAGGCACGUUGGCCUGGGGGCUCAGAGGGAGACGUUGAGGAUGAAAAGAGUCGGAAAAAACGAGAAAAGCAGGAGAAGAAAGCUUCAAGAGGCAAGUUUGUCAAACAAAGAACUAGAUAAAUCACAAGUGUUCUAAGUGGCAUGUUAUCUCUAGAAAUUAAGGCUGCACAAGGCUAACACCUCACACUGAAUAGUGUCAAGGACUUGACAAAGUGUUUGUUUUGCAGUAACCAUGAAAUCCUUUCUGUUCUGUUUUUGUUAGAUUGGUUUAGCAAUAUGAUGAUAAGGUUAGGAUAAAAAAAAAAAAACUUUGGUAAGAGACACUGAGACAUGUUUUUGUACUGUAUUGUUUCAUGUUUUUCUUGGGAGCAAUUGAAGAAUGAAAAUACAAGUUGAAAAAAUAUGUCUAUUAAUGGGAGAUGAUUAUGAUACAAAAUAUGUUUUUGAACAGUCUAAA